ACGUGUUUGACUCCACGCGCAAAUGACGUGUGCAGGUAACCCCCCAGAUCAGAGAAAAUUGAGAGAAUGCAUUUAUAAUCUGUCAUCGAGAUUAAUUGCAGCAUUAAAGUGCAGCAUUGCAGCCCAAUCAAGUUCGGUUUCAUUGCAAAUAAAUAAUACCAAAUGGUUAGAAUUCGUUAUUUUUUCAUUUAUUAUAUUUUCAUUUUUAUUUUUUUUUUUUUUGAAAGCGCAUGUGAUCAUCAUAACCAAUCAUAAUUAGGCGAUAAAUUUCUAUCGAUAUUACCCUAUCUUUCUAAAUGAUAUUACUACCUCGUCAAAUUCCAUACCUCUUGCACUUUUGCUUUUUUUAAAUUUCAAUAUUCAUAUAUCAUUUACAUAUCAUUUACCCAAUCUAUUACUACAGAGUUGGUAUUUUUAGUAUGUAAAUUGUCCAUUUGGUGUCUCGUCUGUGCAUUUCGGCCAUGUGAUAAACAAAAAAAGUCCAAGAAUCGUCGGUGAAGUCAGUAGUACAGUGGCAUUCAGCGUUGUUGUUCAAAAAACUAUAGAAUCGAAUCAAUAACCAAUCUCUGAUAUACGUUCAAGUGGACGUCAGAAAGUUUCUGAAUCAUUCUUAAUCUUCACCACUAAACACGGUCUUUUCAUUACUACUAACCUCUACCCAGCACGAUGAGUUUUGAUAGAUCAAAAGAGUUUGUAGAGGAAGGUGACGAAGUCAUCCUUUUUCUCGGAGUUUCACAAAUGUACUCCUUAGAGGCAACACCGACGAUAGUUAACAAACGAGGAGAAACAGUGGAUUACGUCUUCCAAACUAGUUACGGAGCCCUCAAAGUUGCCACAUUGGUAGGAGCCAAGUAUGGAACCAAAGUGGAUCUUUCUCGAGGAUGGGCAUACAUCCUUCAGCCAACACCGGACCUUUGGACGCUGACUCUCAAACACAGAACCCAGAUAAUCUAUACACCCGACAUUAGUAACAUCGUCUACCUCAUGGAUCUGGAACCGGGAAGUGUGGUCAUUGAAACAGGAACUGGAAGUGGAUCUCUCUCACAUGCUCUAAUCGGUGCCAUAAAACCACAUGGUCAUUUGUACACGUUUGAUUUCCAUGCGCAACGAGUCGCACUAGCUACAAUUGAAUUUGACAAACAUGGAUUAGCACCGUAUGUUACUGUACAGCAAAGAGAUGCCUGCCAAGAUGGAUUUGGUGAAAAUCUCAAAGAAAAAGUCAAUGCCGUAUUCCUGGACUUGCCACAUCCGUGGCUGACCAUUAAUCACGCAAUAAAAUGCUUCCGAAAAUCAGGUGGAAAACUUUGCUCAUUUUCACCGUGUAUCGAACAGGUACAAAAGACUUGCGAUAGUCUUGCUACAGCUGGAUUUGUUGAAAUAAAAACCUAUGAAUGUCUGCAAAAAGAGUUGACUGUCCAAUAUAAAACAGUGCCAGUCUUGAGUCUGGAGUGUUUGAAGAAUAAGCAAACCGAUGGCAAAAAUCUCAAGAAUGGCAGAGAGGCUGGUGGACAGGAGAGACUGGUAACCGUGUCACAUGCCCAUUCGCUGCCAGGUCAUACUGGAUACAUCACAAUCGCUACCCUACCUCCAUCAAGCAUGCGGAAUUGUUAGCUAGUCAGUCAACGAUGAAUAAAUGUUAAAAUUACUUUGAUAA